AUGUUUCAAGUCGGCCUCAAUUCCACUUCAAAUCGCUUCGCCGUCCCAGCGGCGUUUCUGACCUGGGGAUGGGCAUACGCGUACCUCAUGCUCUCCAGCCGCACGCCCAAGCAGUGGUAUGGCCUUGACCACCAAGGGAGUCCGCGCGAGGAUUUGGCGAAAUACGGAGAAGCUGCUGUCCGUGAUGGGAAAUUGACCAGAACGCAACUGGGGAGGAUUCAACGGCUCGAGGCCGCAAGCGCCAACUCGAUAGAUGGUUACGCCUUCUUUGGAUUGUCAGUCAUAUUCGCAACGGUGGCAGAGGUUCCCACGGCUUCCAUUGCCAUUGCCUGCUCCGUGUACUCUCUAGCAAGGGUUGCAUAUGGUCUGGUUUAUGUCUUUGUCGAGGACGACUGGUGGAGUCAGGUCCGGGGGUUGAUAUGGUGGACUUGUAAUUCUAGUUGUUUGUAUCUGUUCUGGGCAGGGACACAAACGUCUUCGAACUAA